AUGAGCCAGCCACCGCCCCCUCCGCCCCCGCAUGGGGAAAACCCCAAAACCACGGCCGGUGGCUCUGGUCUUCCGCCAGGAAAGUACGACGUCUUUAUCAUCCCCGAGCAUUCGGCAGGCUCCGGCUUUCUCUACCUUCCAUCCCUCAAGCCUCAGUGGAACAGCUUCAUCGCCGGUGUGGUUAGCACCCUCGCCGUCGUCCUGAUGUCCAAUCUUGCCAGCCCCUUGCUGGUGGGCUUGUUCACCAGCCCAGAUAGGAUGUGGAUGGUGCUUUGCCUAACCAUGAUGUCAUGCGUGGGCGCCGCAGCGUUCUUUUUGGGUCGCCACUUGAACGAGCCCUCAGGGCCGCAGACCGGAAAUAACAAUCAGUCAGGAGGACAGCACAAGCCGGGCGGAGGAUAUGGAGGUUGGGGCUCAUCGUGGUAUACCCCCCCGCCUCAGAACGGCCCCUCGACCAACCAGGCGCCACCUCCUCCCCCUCCUCCACCCCCUCAACACGAGCAACCACACGACGAUGGGGGCCAGUAUCAAUCUUGGCAAGAGCAGCCGAGGCAGCAUGAACACCAACCGCCGCCUGAACCCCAACCGCAACCUCAGCCACAGGCCCGACCCCAACCACAGGCCCAGCCACAGCCGCCACCCAAGCCGCAACCAGCGCCGGAAGAGCCAAAGAGGGAAGAGCCGAAGGAGGCGCCUAGGCCAAAGCCACAGCCGCCCCCGGAGCCUGAACAGCCGACCUCCCCUCGGCCUACACAACCUACAGCCAGCGCCUGGGACAAGGCGAGGGAGGAAACACGGAAGAGGGGAGAGGAGAGAAGGGCGAAGGAGGCCGAGGCUAGGCGGAAGGAGGAGAAUGCUCGCCGCCUGCGCGAACUACGCGAACGGGAGAACAAGGAACGCGAGCGACGAGAGAAAGAAAAGCGGGAGCGUGAGAUGAAAGAAACGCUUCGGCAAGAGCAAGAGGCAAAGGAACGAGAGCGUCUCGAGCGCGAGGUCCGCGAAAAAAUUGAGAGGGAGCUCCGUGAGAAAGCUGAGAGGGAAGCCAAGGAGCGCGAACUUCGAGAGCGGGAGGCUCGCGAACGUGAAGCGAGGCUCCAGGAGGAGCAGCGGAAGCGGGACGAAGAAAAGGCCCGGCAAGAACAGGAACGCCAGGCCGCGCGAGACAAGGAGCGGAAAGAACGCGAGGAGCGGGAAUUGGAGAGGGAAAGAGAAAGGGAACUGGAAAAGGAGAGGGAAGAGAGGGAGCGCAAGAACACCACAUAUGCUUACUCGUCAGUUGGCGAGAAGACCAGCAUGUGGCCCAACGGCAAGCCCCCGAGUGUCGCCCCUUCACAAGCGGCGUCGACACCGCCACCGUCCCGGCCGACACCCACACCUUCCCAGGCACCACCAUCACCCACAAAACCCUCAGCGGCAAAACCAUCACCAAAACCAGCCCCGUCCACCACUCGCGGACCAUCUCCCACCAAAUCGUCCGCCUCCGCAACUGGUACCGAGGACACCUACUCCUACCGCCCUUAUGACAAACCCAAGAAGCCUCCGGCACGUAAGAACUCGGUAUCGGACUUUUCUGAAGCUUCAUGGGCCCCUUCUGCCUCGACUGCCCGCACCACACCUCCCCCCUCCACACGUGGGCCUUACACCACUUCUGACCCACAGAAGAUCAUCAUUAAGGCCGUCUACGGCUACCUCAACCAGUUCUCCAAGACCCCGGCAAAUCAACUCAUCUCUGGCAUGUCGCCUGUCACGGACGGGCUCAUCUUGCGCGUCACCUCGGCCGGCCUGUUUGUGGACGAUGAUGUACGGGGUGUCGCCCAGCGCGAGUGGGAUGUAAAAGCUUGGACAAUCAAGCUAGUCGAGGUUUGGUGCCCCGUCCACGCCGUCAGCGCGCAGGCCGGAAAUACCCCUGGCAGCGUGCCCACCAACCAUCCCUUCUUCAAGACCAUGCCACAGAAUGCCCGGCGCGCAGCUGAGCGUGGUGCCACGAAGACUAUGCUCGGCGAGGAAGCCGUCGGAUACAUCGAUGAGUUCAGCCAGGUGUGCGAUGGGAAUUGCCGGCGAGGCGGGAACGACAGUGGUCUGCAUCUCCUACGCGCCACAAUUCGGGACCAGGAGGGGAAGCGGUACCUGUUUGUCGUCAGUCAGGAGGAGGCUUGGAAGAUUGCUGGGGGUUUGGCAGCGCUCCGCGGAAGCAGUCAGGUUAGAGCCUUGGGUGUGGCUGGGUUUAGUGGGCUAGAGUCCAAAACGUUGCUGGAUACACUGGGCUGGACGUCUUGA